AUGGCUUCUCCCCGGCAAAAAGUGGUGGUGGUCGGCGCUGGCCCGGUGGGGUCUUUGGCCGCGCUGUAUGCGGCAUCUCGUGGUGAUGAAGUGGAAGUGUAUGAACUUCGAGGAGAUCUCCGCGAUCCAACCACCAUCCCACUCAACUUUACCAAGUCGAUCAACUUGGCCAUCUCGGAGCGUGGCAUCACAGCUCUACAAGGCUCGAAUCGACCCGGUCUCAUCGAUGAAGUGCUCCACAAGACCAUCCCCAUGUAUGGCCGCAUGAUCCACGGCCGAGACAAUGGUUCCUUAUGGGAAGCGGCUCAAGCCUAUGACGUUCACGGUCGUGCCAUCAACGCUUUAGAUCGCAGCGCUCUCAACAAUGCCCUGCUCGACGAGUUGGAGCGUACUCCCAAUGUCAAGUUAUUUUUCAACUAUAAGCUGACCGGUGCCGACUUUAACACCAACAAGGCCUGGUUUGAACGCCGCAUCCCCGGCGAUACUCCUCAGCCCGAUAAUCUCGGCGUGGCUGGCCGGGUUCCCGAAAUUGAGGUAUCCUUCGAUUACCUGCUGGGAGCCGAUGGAGCGCAUUCCGCCUCUCGUUUCCAUAUGAUGAAGUUUGCCCGCGUCGACUAUCAGCAGGAGUAUAUCGACACGCUCUGGUGUGAAUUCCGCAUCCCUCCCUCCGAAGAUGGAGAUUUCCGCAUCUCGCCAAAUCAUCUUCAUAUCUGGCCCGGCCAGGAGUUUAUGUUCAUCGCUUUGCCGUCCGCGGACAAAUCGUUUACCUGCACACUCUUUGCACCCUCGUCGCAUUACGUUUCCCUGCAGAAUGGAACCGAGCAGCUCCACGAUUUCUUUGACCUGCACUUUCCCGGCAUCUGCCCCGAACUCAUCGACCCCGAAGCUUUGGCCGAGCAGUUCGCUAUUAACCCGCAUCUCCCACUGAUCAGCAUCAAGUGCAAUCCACACCACUAUAGCUCCGGCGUGGCAAUCAUUGGCGACGCAGCACACGCAGUCCUCCCCUUCUACGGCCAGGGGCUGAACGCCGGACUGGAAGACGUCCGCGUUCUAUUUGAACAACUCGAUCAGCACGGAGUCUAUGACACGGAUCUGAGCGUCUACACCCGCAGCGUGCGCCGCCAAGCAGCCUUCCAAGCAUACACUAAGCAACGAUGCGACGACACUUAUGCAAUCAACGACCUCUCCAAACAAAACUAUCUCGAAAUGCGAUGGGGCGUCAAAUCUCCUCUAUACAAACUACGCAAGUCUAUCGAGGAAACCAUCGACCGCCGCCUGCCGUUCUUGGGCUGGAAGACGCAGUAUGCUCGUAUCAGCUUUAGUAACCAGCGUUACUCGGAGGUCAUUGCUGCUGUCCAGCAGCAGAGUCACGUUCUUGGUCUUGGACUGAGCUCGGCGAUUGCUGUGGGAGCUGGAGCUCUCGCGGUGGUUUUGUGGAAACACCCUCGUCUUUUGUCCCCAGCGUGGCUUUGGCAUACCUCGUUACAUUGGAUCCGCUCUGCCUCCCGCCUGUUCUGGAGAUGA